AGCAGCUUCCACGCCGUGAAUCCAUCUCCAAAGUUUGUCACCAUGUCUAUCCGACGGUUCAGGAGCAACCCGAAAACAUUAGGGGACGUCAACAUUGUGACAGAGGAGCUGAAGAAUCUUUAUUACAAGAGGCUACUUCCCAUUGAGAAGUACUAUUCUUUCCAUCAAUUUCACUCUCCGAGUUAUGAGGAUGCAGACUUUGACAACAAACCCAUGGUCCUGGUGAUGGGUCAGUACUCCACAGGAAAGACAACUUUCAUCAGGUAUCUUAUAGAGCAGGAUUUUCCCGGUAGCAGAGUUGGACCAGAGCCAACCACAGACUGUUUCACUGCCCUCAUGUAUGGACCCGUGGAAGGCAUCAUUCCUGGGAAUGCUCUAACAGUGGAUCCUAAAAAGCCCUUCCGCAACCUUGACCCUUUUGGGAAUGCUUUUUUGAACAGGUUUCAGUGUGUUCAGAUGCCAAAUCAGGUCCUUGAGAGUAUCAGCAUUAUAGACACACCAGGCAUCUUAACUGCUGCAAAAAGAAAACUGAGUCGAGGCUACGACUUCCCAGCAGUGCUGCGCUGGUUUGCAGAGCGUGUGGAUCGAAUCAUCCUGCUAUUUGACGCACAUAAACUGGAGUUCUCUGAUGAGCUCACUCGGGCCUUUGGGGCUCUAUGUGGCUAUGAGGACAAGUUACGUGUGGUUCUCAACAAGGCUGACAGGGUGGACUCCCAACAGCUCAUGAGAGUGUACGGCGCCCUCAUGUGGUCACUGGGGAAAGUGUUUAAAACGCCUGAGAUCUUGCGGGUUUACAUCGGGUCUUUGUGGUCAGAGCCGCGGCAGAUGUGUGACCACUACCAGCUGAUAGAACUGGAGGAGGAGGAUCUUUUGACUGACAUCAGGAACCUGCCGCGUAACGCCGCAAUACGAAAACUGAAUGAUCUGGUGAAAAGAGCACGCUUAGUGAGGGCUCAUGCUCAUAUCAUCAGCUAUCUGAAGCAGGAGAUGCCGACCAUUUUUUGCAAAGAAAGCAAAAAACACAAUCUGAUCUACCAGCUUCCUGUGAUUUUCACUAAGAUUCAGCAACAACGCCAAGUCCCAGCUGGUGACUUUCCUGACUGCACCAAAAUGCAGGAGCGACUUUUGGGUCAAGACUUCUCAAAGUUCAAGACACUAAAACCAAGUCUGAUGGCUUCUUUGGACAAACUUCUGUCCACCGACAUCGCAAACCUGGUGCCCUUACUUCAGCUCCAAGAAAUGGAGAAGAAAUCCCUCCCCGGGGUGUUAGACGGUGAAUUCCUGGGAACCUUCAGGCGAGAGUAUUACAAGAGAGAUCCUUUUAAAGAACUCACCAAAGAAGAGGAAAGCAAUGAAACAGAUUUUGAUGAAUGGUCAGUAGAGAAAUACAAGCCAAAAUAUGAUGAGAUCUUCUUCAACCUCAGUCCAAACGACGGCAAACUGAGCGGCACCAAAGUCAGAGAGUGGAUGAUGAGCACUCUUCUGCCCAACUCUGUGCUGGCUCACAUCUGGAGGCUGUCUGAUGUAGAUGGGGACGGUAUGUUGGACAAUGAGGAGUUUGCUUUGGCUGUGCACCUUAUUGAGGGAAAACUGGAUGGCUACUGGCUCCCCCGAGAGCUGCCCUCACACCUCAUUCCUCCGUCGAAACGGCUAAGUACAGCCAGCACAGAAGAGUAAAAAUGAUCAAAACACGAUGAGAAAUGGACCAACCCUGUAAAUGACUUGUAAAAUGUGUACAUAAAGUUAUUUCAGAUAUAUGAACUAACCUAAAGUGUAACAACUAGUAAACAUUACCUCAAGGCAGAACUGAUCCUAACUUUCAUAGACCCCUAAGCAGAACCACAUUUGGUGCCUCCACUCCCUCAGUCCCACAAAUAUUAGUGACUAAGGUGAGAACUAUAACCUGACUGAAGUCUGACUGAUUUGCUUUGAUUAAAAUUCAGAUUAGUUACAGGUGAAUCAGCUCUGAUAGAGGAGGUGGGAAUGUACCCAAUCAGUAACAAACAUAAUACUGCAUUUUUGUAAUGAUAUCUAAAUAACACACAACCUGCCC